AAGCGGGGACGGAACAAACUCAAUCAAACCCAACCUCAAACCUACGGGAUCGCAAUAAAGCGUAACAGAGACGGAAGCACGCAACUGAUACACCGGAUUUCCCCCAACGACGACCUCCCAUGGAGAGCGAGCUGCGGCGGAAGCUAGUUUAGCUCAGCCGCCGACCCAACCUCACCGCGGCCCGCUGCCGAGCUGAGGACCCCAACCCGCAGAUCUGGUGGAGAUCGUAGCCAAAGCUGCCGCGAGCCAACCUCUCUCUGCUCCUCACGACUCUUCCUCCAGCGUCGGCACAGGCAGAAGGCGCGACGGCAUGCCGCGCCCGUGGCUGAGCCCGCCCGGACGUGUGUGUUGUUUUUUAUUCUGAAGUAAGAGAAGGGAUGACAAGGGUAUUGAGGUAGAUCUGGCUAUGAAGAGGUCUCCAGCAAUGGCAACCUCCUCUCUUGCUCCGCCUGAGGUGCCCAUGGAGCUGCACACAGGCAACCGUGACCGCCUGAUAACCGCGCUUCGCGCCCACCUCUCCGCCACCGCCAGCCCUCCCCGUGGCCUCGCUCUCCUCCAGGGUGGCGAGGAGCAGACACGACAUUGCACUGAUCAUCUUGAGCUAUUUAGGCAGGAGAGCUACUUUGCUUAUCUUUUUGGAGUGCGCGAGCCAGGGUUCUACGGCGCUAUAGACAUCGCCUCUGGACAGUCCAUUUUGUUUGCUCCAAGGUUGCCACCUGACUAUGCUGUCUGGAUGGGUGAAAUAAAACCACUGUCUCAUUUUAAGGAUAGAUACAAGGUCGAUUUGGUCUUCUAUGUCGAUGAGAUUGUGCAGGUUCUGCAAGAUCGAUUUAGUGAGCAUGGGAAGCCUCUUUUGUUUCUCUUGUAUGGAAAGAGUGCUGACAGCGGAAAUUACUCAAAGCCUGCUAGUUUUGAAGGGAUAGAGAAGUUUGAAACCGAUUUGGGUACGCUCCACCCUAUCUUAACUGAAUGCCGUGUUAUCAAAUCUGAAAUGGAGCUUGCCCUCAUUCAAUAUGCUAAUGAUGUUAGCUCAGAAGCACACAUUGAGGUUAUGAGACAGGCAAAACCAGGCAUGAAGGAAUAUCAGUUAGAAAGCAUAUUUCUUCAUCAUUCUUAUAGGCAUGGAGCCUGUCGACAUUGCUCCUACACAUGUAUAUGCGCUACUGGAGAGAACAGUUCUAUUCUUCAUUAUGGACAUACGGCUGCUCCAAAUGACCGGACACUGAAUGAUGGAGACAUGGCUCUAAUGGACAUGGGAGCUGAAUAUAAUUUCUAUGGCUCUGACAUCACAUGUUCAUACCCCAUAAAUGGAAAGUUCAACAGCAACCAGACAAUAGUAUACAAUGCUGUCCUUAAGGCUCAUAAUGCUGUCAUAUCACACAUGCAGCCUGGAGUAAAAUGGAUCGAUAUGCACAAGCUGGCCGAGCAGACAAUACUUGAAUCUCUCAAGAAAGAAAAGAUUAUCCAUGGUGAUAUUGCUGAUAUGAUGGCUCGAAGGUUGGGUGCUGUUUUCAUGCCUCAUGGUCUUGGGCACUUGCUUGGAAUUGACACCCAUGAUCCCGGAGGCUACCCUGAGGGCUUAGAGAGGCCAAAUGAGCCAGGACUGAGCUCCUUGCGUACCAUAAGAGAACUUAAAGAAGGGAUGGUUAUUACGGUUGAGCCAGGCUGUUAUUUCAUCGAUGCUUUGCUGAGGCCUGCCAGAGAUGAUCCAAUUUCCUCAAAGUUCUUCAACUGGGAAGAGAUUGAGAAGUACAAAAGUUUUGGUGGUGUUCGUAUUGAAAGUGAUCUGUAUGUGACAGGGCAAGGAUGCAAGAACCUGACGAAUUGCCCCCGGGAGAUCUGGGAAAUUGAAGCAGUAAUGGCUGGCGCGCCAUGGCCUCCACAUGCUGCUGCGACAAAAGCAGAGAACGGACUGCCCAAAGCCUGAGGACUCGCCUGUUUGAUGCUCCCAGGCGAAGCAUAACCGUAAUAAUUGAAUGAAGUAUAGGAUAUAUUUUAAUAAGUGGUGAUGGUUUCAUA